AUGUCGAAGAACAAGUUUCGCAGACUCUUGCCUGCGAAGGAAAAGGAGGAGACAGAGCCUGUUGUUACAGAGGCAAAGAAAGAAACUCGGCGCAACAUCUCUCUUGCUUUUACAGAGUGCCAGAAAAAGAAGACCAAGGUCACAGUCCCAGUUGUUCCCAGUGCUCUGGAACGACGCCAUGCACAAGGUGUGCAACCGAAGCCCGCCAUUGUCUAUACAAUCAAAGCAGCGAUCGCCGACGCAAAGCAUAUACUGCCAGGCUGUUGA